GGCCCCGGGUUUCAGGCCUUUGGCUCCCGCAUGCCUCCUCUCUCUGGCCGUCUUGCUCUGGGGCGGCUGGGCCAUGAGGACCGCACUCGUGUACCAUGAGGAAAUGACAGCCGCCCGGCUGCUCUGGGAAGACUCUGAGUGUGAGAUCGAGCGUCCCGAGCGCCUGACCGCAGCCCUCGAGCGCCUGCAGCAGGGGGGCCUGGAGCAGAGGUGUCUACAGUUGGCAGCUCGAGAGGCUUCAGAGGCAGAGCUGGGCCUGGUACACAGCCCAGAGUACGUGUCCCUGUUGCGAGGAACCCAGGCCUUGGGUAGAGAGGAACUACAGGCUCUGUCUGGGCAGUACGAUGCUGUCUACUUUCAUCCGAGUACCUUCCACUGUGCCCGGCUGGCCGCGGGGGCUGCGCUGCAGCUGGUGGAUGCUGUGCUCACAGGAGCCGCGCACAAUGGGCUUGCCCUGGUGAGACCUCCUGGGCACCACAGCCAGAGGGCUGCUGCCAACGGGUUCUGCGUGUUCAACAACGUGGCCAUAGCAGCCAAACACGCCCAGCAGAAACAUGGUCUGCAAAGGAUCCUCAUUGUCGACUGGGAUGUCCACCAUGGUCAGGGCAUCCAGUAUAUCUUUGAGGAUGAUCCCAGUGUUCUUUACUUCUCCUGGCACCGCUAUGAGCAUGGUUGCUUUUGGCCUUAUCUUCGAGAGUCAGAUGCAGAUGCUGUUGGGCUGGGGCAGGGCCGUGGCUUCACUGUCAACCUGCCCUGGAACCAGGUUGGGAUGGGAAAUGCUGACUAUAUGGCCGCCUUCCUGCAUGUGCUGCUCCCUGUGGCCUUUGAGUUUGACCCUGAGCUGGUGCUCAUCUCGGCAGGAUUUGACUCAGCGAUUGGGGAUCCUGAGGGGCAGAUGCAGGCCACACCUGAGUGCUUCGCCCACCUCACGCAGCUGCUGCAGGUGCUGGCUGGCGGCCGGGUCUGUGCUGUGCUGGAGGGAGGCUACCAUCUGGAGUCGCUGUCCCAGUCAGUGUGCAUGGUGGUGAAGGCGCUGCUGGGUGACCCUGCCCCGCCCCUGUCGGGGUCCAUGGUGCCUCAGCACAGUGCUCUGGAGUCCAUCCAGAGUGUCCGGGCAGCGCAGGCCCCUCACUGGACUAGCCUUCAGCAGCAAGGUCAGUGGCCGGCCCCCUUACUGAACCCCAGGACCUGCUCCCCAGAGGGGAGACGCCCACCUGUGUCGCCUGGGGGGCCCGAAUUCAAGGCCGCAGAGGCCCAGACCUCGGCUGUACUGAGGUCCCUCCUGGACCAGCUGCACCUCUACCCCACACCCCCCGUCCGCACGGCUGCCGCCCUGACAGCGCAGGAGGCUGCUCUGGUCCUGCCCCCUGACGUCCUCCGUCAAGAGGCGUCAGCCCCACAGGAGGAGACACAGGCCUGGGCUAGGCUACACAAGGCCCUGGCCGAGGACACGGCUUUCAUUGCACUUGGAAAGGUCCUGCAUCUAUUGAACGGGAUCCUGGACGGACAGGUGAGCGGCGGCAUCGCAGCAGCCCCAGCGGCGGCAGCCACCCUGGAGGUGGCCAUUCGGCGCGGCCUGUCCCACAGAGCCCAGAGGGUGCUCUGUGUGGCUGUGGGACAGCUGGAUCGGCCCCCAGACCUUGCCAGUGAUGGGAGGAAUCUGUGGCUGAACAUCAGAGGCAAAGAAGCGGCUGCCCUGUCCACGUUCCAUGUGUCUCUGCCACUGCCAGCGACAACAGGUGGAUUCUUGAGCUGCAUCCUGGCCCUUGUGCUGCCCCUGGCCUAUGGCUUCCAGCCUGACCUGGUGCUGGUGGCACUGGGACCAGCCCAUGGCCUCCAGGACCCCCAAGCUGCACUCCUGGCUGCACUUCUACGGGGACCAGCGGGGGGCCGAAUCUUGGUCCUAGUGGAGCAGGAAUCCACACCCCAGCUUGCGGGGGUCCUGGCCCGGGUGUUGCAUGGAGAGGCACCCCCCAGCCUGGGUCCCUUCUCCGUGGCUUCCCCCGAGGACCUGCAGGCCCUGACACGCUUGAGAGGGCAGCUGGAAGUACAGUGGAAGAUGCUGCAGGUGGCCGCUCCUUCUUGAGUUCUGUGACCUGGUGGCUUGAAAUUGGCCAGGGUGGAAGUCUUUUCACCCCAGAAAUGACAAUACAAGUUAGUCCCCCAAGAGCCACUAAUUAAACAUUCGCCAGUACCCCACUGCCUGAGGCCUUUGUGCAGAGGGCCGGGCUAUGGAGUUGUCCAGGGCACUGGCUCAGGGACACUCUGUCCACGGCAGUGACCUGGAGCCCCCCUCCAGUGGCCCACCUCUUCACGGAUGGCCCCAUCCUCAUUUCCCACACUUCUAUUAACCUUAAAAAUAAAAGUUAUUUUACCAGCAA